GGUAACAGUGGCGGUAGACAAGGUAGUUCCUCCGUGCGGCUGUGUUAGUGUGCACUCAUCUGUGUAUCUACGUCUUCUCGAUCUGGUGUGGAUUUCGUGUGUUCUUCAGGCUAUGGACGUGAAGAGUGUGUGUGUGUGUGUGGUGUCCUUAGCUGGGUCAUGAUGGAGGCGUUGCUGUGAUGCAGAUCAGGAAGCGAGAAGGGUAAGGAGGUGAAGGUGGUGUUCACGCCGGGUGGAGGUGACGGAGGGCGAGGAUGAGGAGGUGGAGGCACAGCUCCAGUGUGGUGUUAUAGGAUGGUGGGGCUGCGGCCCCCUGACCGGCUGGAGGCGUGGGCACUUUCUGCCUGGUUGCAGGCUCUCAAUACUGCCGCAGGACGAGGGAAGGGGGUGAGCGCCCCUCUUAAGGCACCUCCAGCUCUGUUGUCAGCUGCUUUGAGUCAGGCAGCUGUAGGGUUGCGAGAGGCGGUAGUGGCGCGCCUGGCGGUGGCGGCAGUCACGGCUGGAGUCAGUCGGCUUGAUGUGCAUCUAGAGCAUCCGACAUUGGUGCAGACCCUACUAGAGGCCCUACAUGCCCACCCUGAACACCUCACCUCCCUCACGCUCACCCUGGGCCCUCGCACCUCGCUUGACGGUCUACUGAGUGAGGCGAUGUGCUACAUGACCAGCCUCACCUCACUUGUUAUAACUCCCGCCGCUACAGAUGCCCACUUAGCUGCCCUUGCUCAAGCCAGUCCACCGCUCGGCACCCUGGAUGUGUCCUACUGCUCAGCCGUCACUGAUAAGGGCGUGCGGGCCUUGCUAGGCCUGACGGAUGAUGCCCGACCAGUGCGAGAGGUGGUUCUUGGUGUGGUCAAGGGUACGGGCGAGCAUCCCGCCUCCACCCUUCAUACUGUCAACCUUUGGGGCACGGGAGUCACUACUCUAGGGUGUGUCCUGUUGCUGGCUACCUGUCCUGCUCUUACAUCGCUUACGUGUCGCUGGUCUGGUGAGGCUCUGGACUUGUCAGUAAGGGCUGGACGGGAGGCUCCCUUAAGCCUCACACAACUCAUCCUCGCCGAAUCUUCACUGCCACCGUUGGCUCCAGUCGCCACCCUUUGCCCACACCUGAGCUCCCUGGUGGCACGGCGUCCCUCUGAUGCCCCAAAUGUCGAGGAGGUGCUGAUUCAAGUACCUUCCCUAACCUCCCUCACUCUGAUGCAGUUUCUCCCACAUCAGGAGAAUUGGUUGCCUGCCUCCCCCGCGCCAUACCUCACACACCUUCAUCUGUCUUUCCUGGAGCCACGCCCCGUCCACCUGGCUCGCCUUGCAGACACCUUCCCUUCCCUAACUCAUCUAUUCCUGGAUGGAGUGACGCCCACGCUCCCCUACCCUCCUCCGCCCCCGCCCGUCUCCAAGAUAGAAAGCUUACGUUUGGUCACUCUGCCCAUCACGAAUCCUGAUUUGGACGCAGAGGUGGUGGAGUGGGCACUGGUAUGGGUGUCCGCGGCCUCCAGCAUUGACCUUGGCUCCUGUAGACUUCUAACUGACGAGCAUCUCACUCGAGCCAUCGCGGCAGGUGCUCUUACCCAGGCAGAGGACGUGCGUCUGUCGGGAGCGCGUCAGAUCACGGAUGGCGCCAUCAUGGACCUGCUGACGGCGUGCCCGCAUCUGCGUCGCCUCGCCCUCAAGAUGCUUCCCAAGGAACGUCUGGCCGAGUUGGAAUCCCUCAAGGUGACACUCCGCAAGCAAAAUCUUGACCUUGAAUUGAUCACUUACGGCUGGAAGUUUUGAACUCAGAUCUCAAGCAGCAGGUUUCCUCUGUCCACGAGGGAGAGAUGGAACAGAGACGGUCAGGGCCCUGAGUAGAUGGCCUCGCACAAUCAUGCUCGAUAUGUUAAGAUUUUGCUAACGUUAUUCAACAUAUUUUUAUGUAUACUCUAUAUAUGUACAUUUUUUAAGGAGGUGCUGUUUGCAUAUUAAAGAUUUUUUUUCUUCAGUGUGUGUGUGUGUGUGUGUGUGUGUGUGUGUGUGUGUGUGUGUGUGUGUAAGUGAGGCUCUUCCUUCAUAUCAAGACACAGAGGCCGAACACAAGCAACGGGAUGAAAUGUUCUGGUGCCGUCUUCAUAAACGUUCCUUCAAUAUAUUGUUUAACAGAG